CGUCAGACUCGAAGCGUGCAAAAAAGCGGCGCCCAUUAACUAAGCGGGUUCCACUCGAUAUGAAUUUUAAUGCGGAGAGAGUAUGUUUGACUUGACAAUAUCUUUCACUGCCAUUUCUGUCCUCCUUUGGAAGAGCGCGACCGGUUCCUGGAGACCUGGUAUCAUGCAGAGGUCAUCGCUGAACAUACAAACAUUUCAUACCUCUGCGCGGGAACGGUAGCACCAUGUUCAUCCUUACCACAUUUGACGACCUGGUCCAGAUCCCACCGCAUGGAUUCCGAAACAACCAGAUAACUCGCAAUGAUCUCGAAGACAGAAUCAACGAGAAGUACUCGAACAAAAUUGUGCAGAAAGUCGGAUUAUGCAUCUGCAUGUAUGAUCUAUUGACAGCCUCAGAUGGCUUGAUCGGGAAUGGCACAGGCAAUGCGAACGUCAAUGUGGAAUUCCGAAUGAUCGUCUUCAGACCCUUCAAGGGCGAGAUCAUAACAGGCACUGUCCAGAAAUGCACAUCUACAGGCAUUCGAAUCACGACACAGUUCUUCGAUGAUAUAUUCGUGCCUCAUACUAUGCUCUUUGAGGGGUGUGAAUUUGAUGACACAGAAAAGACAUGGGUCUGGCGCACCGGGGAGUCGGAACUUUGGUUCGAUCAAGGCACGGUAGUCAAUCUUCGUGUCGAGGCAGAGAAAUGGCACGAUCAAGCUCCAAAAGGCCCUGCCGAGACUGCUGAAGCUGGCAAUGAGGGCGAGCGCAAAGUUCCUUACGCCAUCGAGGCAUCAAUGGCCGAAGCUGGUUUGGGUGGAGUCGAGUGGUGGUGAUAUCUCGAUCAACAUGCUCAGCUUGAUGUUUCAUUCAACAAUUCGAGGUCAUUUCAUGAUCCAUGCUGUCGGUAACGACAACCAUCGCUGGCAGCGACGACACUUCCCAGCUUCAAACACGCAGUGCGCUUGUCCAACAUCACCCUCACCAAACCGGCUCUUUGCCAGGAUAGGCGCCCAAUCAGACACCUAGACAAUACAGCUGGCAGGUUGCGCAGCGAUGUGAACUAUGCAAGGCAAGCUUGAAGACGGUGAUGGAUGAGGACAGAAGGAAGAUGAUGAUAAGUAAGAGGCAUAUUCCCGGGCAGUAUCCGCGCUUAAGCGACGGCGAAGAAUCCUUAUGGGGACAAAGGUUUGUCAGCUUCAGGCACGGAUGAGCCUAGU